GUCCGGUCCGCUCCGGGGCUCCAGGUCGGGGUUUCCAGGCGGAGCGCAGAGACGCAGGAGCGGAGGACUCCUGAGCAGAACGCCGCUUCUGUCCGGCAACAAGUGGACGGAGACGGAGGCUAGUGUGGAACCGAGGAACCGGGAGAACAUCCGAACCAGAACCGAGCCGUGUCUGGAGAACCUGCUGCGGGUCACAGGUCGCCUGCGGCUGGAUGGAGAUGCGAACCGCGCCGCUGCUGCUCUUCUUCGUCCUGGCUGCUGCCGUCGUCGGCCAGGAGCCCGACCACAGCCACGGCUGUGCCCAUGGCAGCUGUUACCCGGCAACCGGAGACCUGCUGGUUGGACGAGAGAAGAACCUGAAGGCCUCGUCCACAUGUGGGAUGAGAAGGAAAGAACCCUACUGCAUCGUCAGCCAUUUGCAGGAUGAGAAGAAGUGCUUCGACUGUGACUCCAGGCGGCCGUACGACCCCGUCUACAACACCAUCAACCACCGGAUAGAGAACGUCAUCACCACCUUCAAGCCGCACCGCAAGAAGUCCUGGUGGCAGUCGGAGAACGGAAAGUCAGAUGUUUUCAUCCAGCUGGAUCUGGAGGCAGAGUUCCACUUUACUCACCUGAUUAUGACGUUCAAGACUUUCCGUCCGGCCGCCAUGCUGAUCGAACGCUCGGCAGACUUCGGUCGCAGCUGGCAGACUUAUCGAUACUUCGCCCACGACUGUGCCGCCUCCUUCCCCGGAGUCUCUCAGGGUCAUCUACGCACCAUCAACGACGUCAUCUGCGAGUCGCGAUAUUCUGACAUCGAGCCGUCGACAGAAGGAGAGGUCAUCUACAGGGUUUUGGAUCCAGCCAUCAGGAUCGAGGACCCGUACAGCCCCAACAUCCAGAACCAGCUGAAGAUCACCAACCUGAGGGUGAACUUCACCAAGCUCCACACGCUGGGCGACAACCUGCUGGACCCCAGAGCCGAGAUCAAGGAGAAGUACUACUACGCCAUCUACGAGCUGGUGGUCCGCGGGAACUGCUUCUGCUACGGACACGCCUCCGAGUGCGCCCCCAUCGAGGGCAUCAGGGACGACAUCGAGGGCAUGGUUCACGGCAGGUGCGUCUGCAACCACAACACCAAAGGUCUGAACUGCGAGCAGUGCGACGACUUCCACAACGACCUGCCCUGGAGGCCCGCCGAGGGGCGCAACACCAACGCCUGCAAGAAGUGUAGCUGCAACAGCCACUCGUCCGUGUGCCACUUCGACAUGGCGGUUUUUCUGGCCACGGGAAACGUCAGCGGUGGAGUUUGCGACGACUGUCAGCACAACACGAUGGGACGCAACUGCGAGAUGUGCAAACCGUUCUACUACAAAGACCCCAUCAAGGACAUCAGAGACCCGCGGGUCUGCAUCGCUUGUGACUGCGACCCCGACGGUUCCCAGAACGGAGGGAUGUGCGACAGUCACACCGAUCCUUCCCUCGGCAUGGUGGGAGGUCAGUGUCGCUGCAAAGCCAACGUCGAGGGUCCGCGCUGCGACAAGUGUAAGACCGGCUUCUUCGGGCUGAGCGCAGAAAACCCUCAGGGCUGCCAGCGUGAGUAUGAACUCUGCUGCUCCAUGGACAGCGGUCAGUGUCGCUGCCGAAGCCACAUGGUGGGACGUCAGUGCACUCAGGUGGAGUCUGGAUACUUCUUCAUGGCUCUGGAUCACUUCCUGUACGAGGCGGAGGCGGCCAAAAUGGGACAGGGCAGCGUGUUGGAGACCAGGGAGCACCAGCCCGGCCGACCGGCCUCGUGGACCGGGCUCGGCUUCGCUCGGGUCCCUGAAGGCGGCACGCUGGAGCUGGUGAUCAGCGACGUGCCGUACUCCAUGGAGUACGACCUGCUCGUCCGCUACGAGACGCAGAUGCCUCGGGACUGGGAGGAGGUGAGGAUCACAGUGAUCCGUCCGGGCCCGAUUCCCACCAGCAGCCCCUGUGGAAACACCAUCCCAGACGACGACAGGAUCAGCGUCUCUCUGCCGGCCGGAUCCAGGUUCGUGGUUCCUCCUCAGCCGGUGUGUCUGGAGCGAGGAGUGACGUACACGCUUCGCUUCGAGUUCAGGCGCUACCAGGACGCCAACAGCAUCCUGAACGGAGCCGCCAACGCCGUCAUCCUCAUCGACUCUGUCGCCCUGAUGCCCCGCCACGCCUCCCUGGAGAUGUUCAACGCCGGAGAUCCGGCCUCCAACAGCAGGAAGCAGACCUACGAGCGGUACCGGUGCCACGAGGGCGCCAAGAGCGUGACCCGGCCGCUGAUGAGCGACACCUGCGCCAAGCUGGUCCUCAGCAUGUCGGCCAUCAUCAACGACGGAGCGCUGCCCUGUAACUGCGACCCUCAGGGCUCCGUCAGCUCCAUGUGUGACGUCCGCGGAGGCCAGUGUCGCUGCAGACCCAACGUGAUCGGCCGGCGCUGCGACCAGUGCGCUCCGGGGACGUACGGCUUCGGACCCUCGGGGUGUAUCGCCUGCAGCUGCAGCCUCGAAGGCUCCGUCACCCGACUGUGCGAUAAGUUCAGCGGUCAGUGCCAGUGCCGGCCGGGAGCGUUCGGUCAGCGCUGCGACGGCUGCCAGUCGGGCCACUGGGGCUUCCCCAGCUGCAGACCUUGCCAGUGCAACGGCCACGCCGACCAGUGCGACCAGAGGACCGGAGCCUGCAUCAGCUGCCGGGACAACACCGGAGGAGACACGUGCGACAGGUGUGCCAAUGGUUACUAUGGUAACCCGGUGUUGGGCAUAUCGUCCGGGGGUCACUGCCGGCCGUGUCCGUGCCCCGACGGGCCCAACAGCGGACGCCACUUUGCUGCGUCUUGUUACCAGGACAACCGCAACAGACAGAUCAUCUGCAACUGUAACCAGGGAUACACAGGGAUUGUUAAACGCUCCGGGGCGACCAUUUUUAAGCGUGCCCGAUGCGAGGAAUGUGCCCCGGGUUAUUAUGGCAACCCCUCUCAGCCGGGUGGGCGCUGCCAGCCGUGUCAGUGCAACAACAACAUCGACAUGUCGGACGUGGAUGCUUGCGACAGGCAGACUGGAGAGUGCAGGAAGUGUCUUUACAACACCGAGGGACCAAACUGCGGCAUCUGCAGGAGCGGAUAUUUCGGCGAUGCUUCCCGACGCAACUGCAGGAAGUGCACGUGUAACUUCCUGGGAACCGAACGCAGCCAGUGUAUGGAGCGCGAGGACUGCGUUUGCCAGCGUGCCACGGGACAGUGCCAGUGUUUGCCAAACGUCAUCGGUCUGACAUGCGACCACUGCGCCCCGAGUCACUGGAACCUGGCCAGCGGAAGAGGAUGCGAACCAUGCAGCUGUGAUCCCAACAACUCUGUCACCUCCUCCUGCAACGAGUUUACUGGACAGUGUCAAUGUCGUGAUGGCUUUGGAGGGAAAACCUGCACAGACUGUCAGGAGAACUUCUGGGGAGACCCAAGGACGCAGUGCAGAGCUUGCGACUGCGACUGGCGUGGGAUUGAGACCUCUCAGUGCAACCGGGUGACGGGCCACUGUGUUUGCCAGCAGGGGGUGUCCGGUGUCCGCUGUGACCAGUGCGCCAGAGGCUUUUCUGGCCAGUUCCCCAACUGCCAGCCCUGCCACCAGUGCUUCGGGGACUGGGAUCGCAUUGUGCAGGACUUGGCAGUGCGUACCAAGGCUCUGGCAGAGCGAGCCCAUGAGAUUCAGACCACUGGGCUUACCGGGCCCUAUGAGAAGGCCUUCAGAGACCUGGAGGAGAAACUGGCACAAGCUCAGGGCAUCGUCAAUGCACGCAACGCCACCGCUGCAGCUGUAGCUACGCUAAUGGAGCUCAUGGAAGAUCUCAGGGCCCAGAUUGGUGACACCACCGACACCUUAAACCGCCUGGAAGGAGACCUAACCGUCGUCCAGGACAGCAACUCUGAGGCGAGCAAGGAACUGAGCGCUCUGGAGAGGGAGGCGAAAGAACUGAAUCUCACGUCAGAGCAGCUGCACCGCCAACUGGAUAUCCUCAAAAACUCCAACUUCCUCGGGGCGUAUGACAGCAUCCGGAGCUCGUACAACAGGUCUCGUGAUGCAGAGCGACGUGCUAACGAAUCGACAACCACCAGGCCGAGCACGGUCAGCCAGUCUGCCGACACCCGUCGUCGCACCGAGCGCCUCAUCGCCGCCAAGAAGGACGACUUCAACCGGAAAAACGCCGCCAACAAGCGAGCGCUGGGAGAGCUGAACGCCAGGGCACAAGGCCUGGACAUGAAGAAGAUCAACGAGAAGGUGUGCGGCGCUCCCGGUGACGCCCCCUGUGGAGAGAGCCCUUGCGGCGGUGCAGGUUGCCGCGACGACGACGGGAACCGCCACUGUGGAGGCCUGAACUGCAACGGCGCCGUGGCGGCCGCCGACAACGCUCUGGAGAAAGCCAAACAUGCAGAGAAGGAGCUGAGCAAAGCGAUGGGGGAGGUGGAGGGACUCUUCACCAAGGUGGCCGAGGCGAAGACCAAGGCGGAGGAGGCCAAAGGUAAAGCCCAGGCUGCUCUGGAUAAAGCCACGGCCACCAAGAACAAGGUGGAGCGCUCCAACAACGACCUCAGAGACCUCAUCAAACAGAUCCGAGAGUUCCUCACUCAGGAGGGAGCCGACCCAGACAGCAUCGAGGACGUAGCAAACCGAGUGCUGGAGCUCUCCAUCCCCGCCUCGCCGCUCCAGAUCAGACACCUCGCCGACGAAAUCAAGGAGCGAGUUCGCAGCCUCUCCAACGUGGACGCCAUCCUGCAGCAGACGCAGGACGACGUCCGCAAGGCGGAGCAGCUGCUGCUGGACGCCAAGAGGGCGAGGCAUCGUGCUGAGGGAGUGAAGACCACGGCGGAGACGGUGAAGAAGGCCUUGGUGGACGCCAAGACCGCUCAGACGUCAGCAGAGAAAGCCAUCGCCAAGGCCAAAGCUGACAUCGGGGAGACGGAGAAUCGACUGGCCGAGAUCGAGUCCGAGACGUCCAACAGCGAGAAGGGCCUGAACGAUGCCAUGGACCGCCUCGGCACUCUGGGACAGGAGAUCAACGCCCUGAAGACCAAACGUGCCAACAACAGCAUGGCGGCGGCCCGAGCCGAGGAGACGGCCACCAUGGCCCGAGACAAGGCCAACGAAGCCAAGCAGAUUCUAGACGGCCAGCUGACGGAUAAAUACAACGAGGUGCAGCAGCGGGUCGACACCAAAGCCAAGGCUGUGCAAGACGCCAAGAAAAAGGCAGAAAGUCUCAGAGACGAAGCAAAGAAGCUGCUGGAGGACGCCCAAAACAAGCUGCAGAGACUAGCAGAACUGGAGAAAAACUACGAGAAGAACCAGAAGAGGCUGGAGGGAAAGGCUCAGCAGCUGGACGGUCUGGAGGACAAGAUGAAGGGAAUCCUGAACGACAUCAACAGACAGAUCCAGAUCUACAACACCUGCCAGUAACCCAUCCUGCUGUUCUGACGUUUAUUUCAGAAACUCAAACGUGACAAUAGACUGUAAAGCAAAAAGAUAAUAAUUAAUCAACCUGCAAGUGAAUGUGCAUAUUUUCUGUCUCUUUUUUUUUUUUUUGUAAAUGUUUAAAACUGUUACACUGAGAUAUAUAAACAUACCUGAACAUGUAAAAGGCUGUCUGAUAUAUAUUUUAAGUUUAAUUCGUGCACAUUUGUGUUUUCUUUGCCUUUAAGUUUAAAGAUAAUAUGGAAUGUAUGUGUUCACGUUAGAAAAGUUAACUAUGCACAGAUUUCGGGAGAGCUUUAAAAAAUAAUCUGCAGGUUAUUUUUGUAAUCAUGUUUAAAUUCUAAUGUUUUUGCCUUUAUUGGACCGUUGACAGUGUCGCUGUGAUUACAUGGGAUUUGCGUUAAAGCCGGGGUAGGCAGUUUUUCUUCUUUGGAAUCACUGGACACAAUACUUUUUGUAUAUUGUAGUAAACCAGACGUCUGCAGGCUCAGUUUUCAAGCUUUAGAAAAUCUGACAGAUGACACAGUUUAAACAGAAACAAAGCAGCUUUAAGCUUUUGCCCACCAGAUGCUUGUUAAAUACAUUUAUUUCUGUGAUGUAGAUGGACUCUACACUCUAAUUUUCCACUGGAAUCACGUUAAGCUGCAGUGGACGGUGUCUUGUUGCAGCAGGAAACAGCUUUUAGGUGCAUGAGAGCAUUUAAAUCCAAGUUUUUUGGGGUCAUGGAAGGACAUGAUUGUUUUGCUUUAUUGCAGUGUAUUUUCAAAUAAGCCAAGAGAAGAACAGGCUUCUCCAGUGAGGCAUUCAAAUGGUUUUAAAAAUGUUGCAUUGUCACAUGAACCGUUUGGUUUAGGAAUCCAGUUGAUGUCAGCGUUAGCGGUCUGGUACAGAAAUGACCUGCAAACACAGUUUAUUUGGUACUAAACUGGUUUUUCGCUGGACGAAUUUAAAGAAAGUUUGACGUCUUGUGCAACAGGUUUGUUCACCGUAUCCGUGAGAGCAAGAUCAGAAAAUAAACGCUGAUGGUUCACUUAUCUUAAUGUGCUCUCUAGGAAAUAAACACAAUACAUCAGUAAGCCAACCACUGUUUUUGCCCAAUGAAUCGAUUAACUAUUACCAAGAUUAACUGUUGUGAAUGUUCAUCACGUAAACUGUGAUGGAACAUGUCCAGUCUGCUUUAAUUGGAUGAACAACACAGUGUUUAUUUGUGCCUUAGCCAGUUUCAUUAACUAACUGGUUUUUGUUUUAGGAAGUAAAAGCCUCUCGGCUGCAGCCACGUGAUUAAUAGCUAAAGCAAAAAUACCAAAAGAAACCCGUGUAAAGUUUUACAGUGUACAGUUUUGUGAAUAAAGGUUAAAAAAAA